AUGACGUACUGUUUGGAAUGCGAAGAGGCAUUGGACCAGUGUCCCUGUAACUCACUGCAGUGCAUGCUGGGUCAUUGCAGGGGGCUGUUGGCGAUGCUGUACAGUGCAGAUGACAGGGAUGCUGAUGUGGACCUGCUCCAGAAUGCGCCAUUUGACAUUGCUUUCCACUUCUUGUGUGAGGUCCUUGCUGCAGUGCUAAUGCUCUGCCUCCUGAACUGCUUAUUGGACAAGCACAAGACCACAUGCAAGAGUGGGGGCAUGGACUGCCAGAGGCGCAGUGAGGUUGGGAAGUGCCAGCCCACGUUGAGCGAGCCAGACAGUGGCGCAAGUGCUAUUUGUGGCAAGAGGUCCUGCUCCAAUGCAAGGACUGUGGGGUACACCAAAGCUCAAGCAACACUGGCGGUCAGGCUGUUCAUGGCAUUGAAUGGUAUAGGGCCCGCAUUGGGACAGGCCAUAAGUGAUACCACUUCGGCAGUUGUGAAGGUGCCGCAAGGCGUUUUGAUUGGGUCCCAGGCAUUGUAUUUCGGCUUGGUGGCAGCAAUGGGGAAGUACAAGUUGAAGUGGAGAGCGAAGACAGACCAAAGGUCGAUUACCUUCACUGCGUGCGUCCUAACAGUACUUUCCAUUGUUCAGAUUGGGCUGUUGUGGUUCAGCCUGGACAGAAAAGACAAUGACACAUUGAAUGUGAUACACACCACUGGACCAGCACCAAUUUUGUCCGCCGUCGUCGCCUUGUGGCUGUACCCAGUUGGAUACGAGAGCGCAAGGUCCAAGUACAGGAGAAGAGUAGCACUGUGGGACAGUGACACCGGCUCGAUGGUGCGUUUGCGAAAAUUGCUGAAUGCAUGGUACAAGUUGGCCAUAUACAUGGCAGUCACAGCAGUUGUCUGGGCAUAUGGGCUCAUUCUGUUCUUGAAAACAGACAACGUCUACCCAUUGUUUUCAUCGGUAUUGGUGCCAUUGCUGUCAAGCCUGAUUGGGGCCAUACCUGCUCUUUCCGACCAUAUUGAGCAAAUACAAGGGAAAUGCAGGGGCAACUGCCAACUCGAUGUCAUCACCAUACCAAUCAUUGGUUGGUCGAGGAGCACGUCCUUCAUUUUGUUGCAUUUCGAUUGGAAGGCACAGAGAAUGCGCAUUGAAAGGGUGCACUCCAUUAUUGACCAUUCGAAUUGGGGUAAUCCAGAGCAUGAAGUGAUAUACGAAGUUGCUGGAAAUGGGCUGAUGUCUGCUUCAGAAUUCACUGGAGGAGACUUCCACAAGCGUGUCAAGGACUAUGGCAAGGUUGUGAGGAGAAUGGGAGGAUGGCAUAACCUGAGCCAGAAUACAAUCAAAAUGUCGGAUCAGAUCUUGGGCGCUCUUGAGGAAUGCCCAUACAUGCAUGAGGGACACCUCAGAGUCUUCCUGUUCAUGAGGUCAAUCCUGAACACGUCACUGAAGGCCAGUGCUUCAAGACAACAGAUGAAGUUCGACCACAUUCAACGCAGUGUCGUUUCAAUGCCCAGCUUCAUCGAAGAUGUGACAAUGGGAAAGGUCAAGAAUGGGUUUGAGAUCAUAUGCAAUGAUGGCAAGGUGCUGGAUGCACACUCUGCUGAUAACCUGGUCAGCGGGUUUGCAGACAGAAUUGACCGGGAUGUGGCAGCCAUGUUGUUGGUUCAAAUGGCAGCAAUAUCUGGCGACAACAGGAUUUAUGUGGCAGAUACCAUUGUAGAUGGAUCAGAUGUGUAUUUGGACUACAGCUUCAAGACCAAACAGUGGAGCGAAACCACUAUCUCAAAGAACAGAUUGCUUGAGAAUCCCAACGUUGCGUCACGUGCAGAUGCCGGAGGGUUGUACGAUGUGUUCAAGAGUUCCAAUGGCUUGGGAUUGUCUGGGAAGUCCCACCAGGAGCGAGUGUCUGCGGAUAUGGUACCCAGCACAUUGACUACGUUCAAAAUCCUAAGGCAGCACAUGAUGAAAUACCUGUUGGGCUACAUGGGAGUGUCCAUCAUCUUCAUUGUGUUUGGGGAGGCGUUCAACAAGUCCAGCGCAUGA